UUUCUCAGUCAGAAUCGGAUUACGUUGUUGAAGGCUGGCAUUUUCGGAGACCUUUCGAACCUGGAGUGGCUGUAAGUCAACUGGUGGGGAGGAUGUUUUCAGUGAACUUAAGACACCUUCAUUUGGAAAUCCUUCAUUGCCUCAGUGGGAUUCAUGAGAUUGUAGACAGAAUUUAUUUAAUUGAUACAAAAACACCUGUGUAUCUUGUUGGAAACUGUGCUGCACUGGGCGGUCGUUUUCAGUGACCUUAAAGGGAUAGCUCAAGGGAUAGUUCUUUGUUCUACUUAUCCAGAAUCAGGGAACUCAUGGAGACCAUUGACCACUGUCUCUGUGCACAGUUUAAAGGAAGUUGGAGGUAGUUUCUGGCGCGAUUGCUAACUAGCGUUAGCGCAAUGACUGGAAGUCUAUGGGAUCAGAUUAAUUGCUAAAAUCUUGAACUAUCCCUUUAAAGCCACCUUCAUUAGGAAAUGCCUCGGAGAAUGCCUCAGUAACUUGUUUGUGCUGCUCUAUUUUCCCAAGAAAGCAAUGAGCAUAAGGUAUGAUACAGUGUGACAUUUAUGGUGUAGCUAACAAUCCUCAGGUAUGAUACAUGAUGGUAUGAUAUCAUGGCCCAUGUACUAAUGCUCAUUAACGCUGUUCUCUUUGACAACAGUAAUUAAAGCUCAUGUAUACAGUGGGGAAAAAAAGUAUUUAGUCAGCCACCAAUUGUGCAAGUUCUCCCACUUAAAAAGAUGAGAGAGGACUGUAAUUUUCAUUAUAGGUACACGUCAACUAUGACAGACAAAUUGAGAAUUUUUUUUCCAGAAAAUCACAUUGUAGGAUUUUUUAUGAAUUUAUUUGCAAAUUAUGGUGGAAAAUAAGUAUUUGGUUACCUACAAACAAGCAAGAUUUCUGGCUCUCACAGACCUGUAACUUCUUCUUUAAGAGGCUCCUCUGUCCUCCACUCGUUACCUGUAUAAAUGGCACCUGUUUGAACUUGUUAUAAGUAUAAAAGACACCUGUCCACAACCUCAAACAGUCACACUCCAAACUCCACUAUGGCCAAGACCAAAGAGCUGUCAAAGGACACCAGAAACAAAAUUGUAGACCUGCACCAGGCUGGGAAGACUGAAUCUGCAAUAGGUAAGCAGCUUGGUUUGAAGAAAUCAACUGUGGGAGCAAUUAUUAGGAAAUGGAAGACAUACAAGACCACUGAUAAUCUCCCUCGAUCUGGGGCUCCACGCAAGAUCUCACCCUGUGGAGUCAAAAUGAUCACAACAACGGUGAGCAAAAAUACCAGAACUACACGGGGGGACCUAGUGAAUGACCUGCAGAGAGCUGGGACCAAAGUAACAAAGCCUACCAUCAGUAACACACUACGCCGCCAGGGACUCAAAUCCUGCAGUGCCAGACGUGUCCCCCUGCUUAAGCCAGUACAUGUCCAGGCCCGUCUGAAGUUUGCUAGAGUGCAUUUGGAUGAUCCAGAAGAGGAUUGGGAGAAUGUCAUAUGGUCAGAUGAAACCAAAAUAUAACUUUUUGGUAAAAACUCAACUCGUCGUGUUUGGAGGACAAAGAAUGCUGAGUUGCAUCCAAAGAACACCAUACCUACUGUGAAGCAUGGGGGUGGAAACAUCAUGCUUUGGGGCUGUUUUUCUGCAAAGGGACCAGGACGACUGAUCCGUGUAAAGGAAAGAAUGAAUGGGGCCAUGUAUCGUGAGAUUUUGAGUGAAAACCUCCUUCCAUCAGCAAGGGCAUUGAAGAUGAAACGUGGCUGGGUCUUUCAGCAUGACAAUGAUCCCAAACACACCGCCCGGGCAACGAAGGAGUGGCUUCGUAAGAAGCAUUUCAAAGUCCUGGAGUGGCCUAGCCAGUCUCCAGAUCUCAACCCCAUAGAACAUCUUUGGAGGGAGUUGAAAGUCUGUGUUGCCCAGCGACAGCCCCAAAACAUCACUGCUCUAGAGGAGAUCUGCAUGGAGGAAUGGGCCAAAAUACCAGCAACAGUGUGUGAAAACCUUGUGAAGACUUACAGAAAACGUUUGACCUGUGUCAUUGCCAACAAAGGGUAUAUAACAAAGUAUUGAGAAACUUUUGUUAUUGACCAAAUACUUAUUUUCCACCAUAAUUUGCAAAUAAAUUCAUUAAAAAUCCUACAAUGUGAUUUUCUGGAUUUUCUUUCCUCAUUUUGUCUGUCAUAGUUGACGUGUACCUAUGAUGAAAAUUACAGGCCUCUCUCAUCCUUUUAAGUGGGAGAACUUGCACAAUUGGUGGCUGACUAAAUACUUUUUUUCCCCACUGUAGCUGCAGAAGCUUUCUAUUGAUUUUGUCUAAUGUAACGGAUGUGAAACUCGUGACAAUUACAUGAUGUAAAGGGUGUAGUGUGACAAAUAAAUUGAUAUAUUUUCCUCUGGUCCGUAUGGGUGUAGGAUUCUUGAUGAAAAUAGAAUAGCAUCUCUGAGACAGAAAUCGUUUGAGGGGCUGAAAUCGUUAUUUUUCCUGUAAGUAUCAUGCCACUGUGCUUAUUACUUUAAUUAAGAUCUCAUGAGAUACACAUCAUAAUUUAACCAACAUGCUCUUUAAAUGUAAUUUAAUUUGGCUGCAGGUCUUUGCUGAACAAUUCCCUAGAAUCCAUCCCCAAGAAAUCUGUCUGCCAGGAAAUGCCUAGAUUAAACUGGCUGUGAGUAACAACAGAAUAACAUCUAACCCACUAUGAUGGGUAAUAUAUUUGAUUGUAUUUGACCAUUCUUAUUAUGAGGAAACAUGAUUUGACAACUCUAAAUCAUGUUUCCUCAUAAUCAGGUGUAUUAUUUAUGACUAUGUUUGCCAUAAUCACUCUGCAACAGUAUCUAUUUUCACAAACUCAUUAUUUCCUUUUCAACCCUUGAAAACCACAUGACUUCAUGUGGAAAAGCACGAUUUCACAUGUGAAAUCAUGUGAAACUAAGUGGUUUUUGAACACUUCACAUAUGAUGGUAUUUUACAUGAAGUUUCACAUUUGGAUUUUCAUCCGAAAAACGUUCUGUUUUCACAUGUUGAGCAGAAACGUUCACAUGUGAUAACAAAAGACACAUGUGAGGUCAGUUGUUCACAUCUGAAACCAUAUGUUCACAUGUAUUCAAUAUAGGGUUCACAUGUUAACACCACCUUUUCACAUGUGAGGAGAAUAACAUGCUUUCACUUCAUGUGGAAAAACUAAAGCAUUUUCACAUACGAACAUUUUUCACAUGUGAAAAUUGAAUUUGCACUUUCACAUGUAAAAAACUUUCUAAUGUUGUCACGUGUAGUUUCAUGGUAUCACAUGUUGAAAUUUUGCAUCCCAUGUUGUCACAUUUAUUUCACGAGAUCAUGUUUUCACAUGUGCUCAAAUGUUUUCACAUGUAGUUUCAUGUUGUCACAUUUUGCUUUUACUUGUUACCACACCUUAUCACAUUAACUUCAAAUAAGAUCACGUGAUCACAUGAGAUCACAAGUGAAAUUCAUGUAGUUUUUCAUGUAGUUUAUAUCAUUCAUAUCAUUCAUUAAUGCCAGAAUGAUCUGACACAUCUUUUUCACAGAGAACUGGAGGGGAACAGGAUAUCAUCUUUGUGGGUUUCCAGCUUUCAAAACUGCACCACUCUGACAGUAUUGUGAGUUUUUGUUUAAUUAAAACUAUAUAUUUUCCUAAACGUUACUUUACAAUAUUUGUUCAUCUUUGUACCAAAUCCAAUUGGAUAGAAUGCCUUACUGUCACUGAUUUGCAUUUGAAACAAUUCCAUCUGCACUAGAGAGAUGAACGCAAUGAAAGAAGACACAUGCUCGGUUUUCAUAUGAUUUAUAUUUCAAAUUAAAUUCUGCCAUACUCUAAGGAUACAUUUUCUGGUGUAAAACCCAGACUGGUAAGUGGUGCUUAUGUUAAAGCUAUGUACUUCAGUCUGGAGCAUCUGCACUACCGCAGCUGGUAAUGAAAUUCAGUCUGAGGGAGAGAAACCAUUGGAGCCUACACAAAUUAAGUUGGCAGUUUCUAUCACUGGUGAUUGCUUCUAAGGCCAUGUGUGAUGGUGAGAGUAAUGAGUAGUCAGGAAAGAAAAAUUCCAAUCUGAUAUACAUGGGGUGUAUUAGCUCUCUCAAUUGAAGGUGAUAGGGGAGGCCAUGGGGGGUUGAGAGCCUGAAAAUCCUCUGGCAGACUCAUCCAACCCUGAGUGCUAAAUAUGUAUCCUGUGAUGUCAGCUUAAGUGUAUUGAAUUAUUGAGGCAGGGCUGGAAUUCAUCUGGUGAGGGAUGAGGAAAAUCUAUAAAUCAGAUUUGAACAGACAGGUAACACAAAUUGAGUUUGAUAGGUAUUAGUGGGAGGAGAGCAUUUGUUUUGAUUUUAUACUGUAUAAAUAGUACAUAAUUCCUUUAAGAAAUACCUACAGUAACGUUACUAUCAAAUUACAAUUCUAAAUCAAAUCUAACAAGCAGUGUAUCUAAAUGACUGUGGGCCCUACUACUAUUCAAGUAAUGUCAUUGGUCUUGUAGGGACUGUUCUUAAAUAGUAAUGAUUUAUAGAAACAUUUAUUUUGUAGGGCUCUUCGAAAAAACAGAAUACAAACCGUUGAGGAGGGAAUAUUUUCUGGAAUGCCAAACCUGAUAGACCUGUGAGUUAACUUUACUUCAUACACCAUCACAUGGGUCAAGUAAUGCUGUAAUAUGUCCAGAUGCAGUAAUGUAUUUUAUUGUUUAAAAUAUUUUCUGCCAAUGGAUUCAUUUAAACUUUGUAAUUCCAGGGAUGUAUCUGUAAACAAAAUUGAGGAGUUUUCCCCAACUAUAUUUACAAAUCUUCAAAACCUUAAACAGUUGUAAGUAUAUCCAAUUACUAUUUGCAACCUAGCCCUGAUAUAUUUACUGUUUUGAAAGAUGUUCUUGUUAUGGAUUUACUGAAAGUGUUCGAUCUGCUUUGUACGAUCAAAUAGGCCAAAUGAUGACUUUAUAUUGUUGAGUUGCAGUUUAUUAACAUCACUGUUCAUCGAUCUGGCAUUGAGGCCAUGUUGACCACAGAGUGGAGGGGCAAUAAAUCAAAGAGAUAUAACCUGCCCUGUAUUGAUGUUUCCCCCCUCUUCUCUCAGGAACAUCUCAAAUAACCCUCUGACUCAUAUCUAUGAGGAUCAGUUUGACAUGUUUGUCAAUUUGCAAUCUCUGUAAGUAAUGUAUUUCAUACAUAUGUGACAUGGUCUACUAGUUUUAGGGAAUUUGAGAAAUAGUAACUUUCUGUUUCCCCUCAGGAGUAUAGAAGAUGUCGACAUACCAAACAUCAGUAUUCAGAUGUUUCGCUCUCUUAGCAACUUGUCCCAUAUGUGAGUACCAGUAUAUCUUAUGUCUUCAUUUAUUAUUCUUAUGUCAUCAACAUUUAAUUUAAUGUGUCCAUACUGUAUAAACAGCAAGGCACUAAGCCUGUAGAAGCUGCUAAUUGGAAUUUCAUAAUUUGUAAGAAGCUAACUGUAGGCCUACUGGGUAAAAAUGGGCUAAAUAUAGUAUGAGUAAAUGUCUAAACAUUUGUUGCCAAUUACCUGCCAACAACUAAUGAAUUCAUGGCUUCGUAUGCAUGCAUAAUACAAGACUAUUUAAAAGUGUCUGUAAGCUACUUACUAAUUAGCAGUUUAUACAAGCUUAAUUAGGCCACUGUACAGUAAAUGGACGCCUAAAAUAAACAGCUAUCUUUCUUGGUGUAUAGUGAGGUCUUGUUACUGCAAAUGUUAAUCAGCACAGAUCAGGUCCACACUGCAUACAAAGUACCAAAGCCUGGUUAGAGGGCAGUUCAGCACUGUAUUUAACUACAUCCAUUUGUCAGUGAAUUCUUCUCUGACAAAGCACACUAUAUUACCCUAAACAAACCUGUCAUCUGUCAACCAUAUCAAUGUAAAAGUGAAACUGUCAACAUGAUCAAUGAUAACUUCAGAAGAAAGUUUGUUCAAAAGUGAUUAAUUGUGAUAUUUUCGUUGUUUUCUUCUUGAUCCAGUUAUUUUAAGAAAUUUGAAUACUGUGGCUACUCUCCUAAUGUGCGAAGUUGCAAGCCAAAAACUGAUGGAAUUUCAACAUUUGAAAAUCUUCUUGCGAACAUCAUCCUUCGCGUUUUUGUGUGGGUGGUGGCCUUCAUCAUCUGCUUUGGCAACAUCUCUGUGAUCUGCCUGAGGUCUUGCAUUGCAUCUGAAAAUCAGCACCACACCAUGGCCAUCAUAUCACUGUGCUGUGAGUAGACUACCUCAACACAGAGGGCAGCAAUCACUUCUCAUAACUUGUACUUAUCUAACUCAUUAUCUAUUGAGAUUCAUUGAGCAGCAGUGUAUAAACACAACUCCUCUCAUGACAAACUAUGCAUGUGAACUAAGAUCCCUGAAAUCCAUCCCAUCUGUUAGGCGCUGACUGCCUGAUGGGAGUCUACCUGUUCUUCAUCGGUGCAUUCGACAUCAAAUACUGUGGAGAGUACAACAGACACGCUCAGCUGUGGAUGGAGAGCCUCCAGUGCCAGUUGAUUGGCUGUCUGGCCAUGCUGUCCACUGAGGUGUCAGUCAUGCUUCUGACCUACAUGACUCUGGAGAAGUACCUGUGCAUUGUGUUCCCCUUCCACAACUACAGAGCCGGACGGAAACAGACACUCUGCUACCUCAUCUUCAUCUGGGUCCUGGGUUUUAUAAUCGCCGUCAUUCCCUUCUGGGACAAGCAGACGUUUGGGAAUUACUACGGCAGGAAUGGAGUGUGUUUUCCACUUCACUCAGACGAGAUGGAGAAACCAGGUGCCCGGUGCUACUCAACUGGAAUAUUUCUGGGUAAGAGGAACAUAGGAAUCAGCCCUGAUGGUGGUGAUUCUGCAAGAUAAUGAGGAUAAUAGAAAGAUGAGGAUGCAAUUCCACAGGCCUUGGAUUAUGUUUCAUGUAUUUUCCUGGGGAGACAUGAGACUGCAAUGAAAAAAGGUUUAUCAUCAUAUCAGAUCUCAGCUAGACUUUUCUUUCACAGCGAUGAGGACUUCUGAUAUACCAAUCAGUUCUAAUUAGUUCAAAUCUCCACGAGAAUAGAAAGAUCACCAAUUUCUGCAAGUUUUGCAAUAGCUUUACUCUGAUUAUGGUCUUGCUGAUGUAAUUCAGUUUUAUUCAAUGCUUAUAUCAGGACGGUAUUUUGUGGUGUAAUGAACGCAUGUAUUUCACAUUUUGUCUUUCAGGCUUGAAUCUCUUUGCAUUCGUCAUAAUUGUCUUCUCCUACACCAGCAUGUUUUAUUCUGUACAGAAAACAGCCAAGACAGCAAGACAGUUCGUCUACAACAAGGAGGUCUCUAUAGCCAAGAGGUUUUUCUUCAUCGUUUUCACAGAUGCCAUGUGUUGGACACCUAUAUUCCUCCUAAAGAUCCUCUCUCUUUUACAAGUGGAAAUAGCAGGUAAACCAGAUACAUGUGGUUGUAUGAUUACUACUAUUAAAUUGCUAUCAUUUUGUUUAAUCUUUGUGACCUCCUCCUUGUCCCCUUUCUCCUCCUGCUCCUCCUCUACCUCCCUGUCCUCCAGGAACGAUCGUUCUAUGGGUGGUGAUCUUCAUCCUGCCCAUCAAUAGUGCCCUAAACCCCAUCCUGUACACCAUCACCACCAGCUCCUUCCAGGAGAGACUGAAACUCUGCCUGAAGGCCAAGUGCAAACAGACUGGGCUCAGGGAAACUUCACAAAAAGUAUUUGAAGUCUACCAGAACCCCAGCCCUCCUCCU